AUGACACUCAAUUUUCAAUCUCACGGACCUGUAAUUCAGGCAGCUUAUAACCGUGUAGCUAACUCUAAAACUGGAGAUGAAUGGGCUAUUUUUGAUUAUGAAGGAAAUACGAAUGUCAUUAAAGUAGGAGAUGAAGGAGAUGGUGGACUAGAGGAGUUCUCCAAUAGCUUUAAUAGUGGAAGAUUACAAUAUGGACUGAUUAGUGUUAAAUUGUGCGAAAAAGCUCUCUCAAAAAUAGUGCUCGUUCAUUGGCAAGGAGAAGGAGUCCCAUCAGCAAGAGUAGCCUGUGCAACUUCUCAUGUUAACGAUGUUAGGAAGCAUUUGAAAACUGUUCAUACAGUAGUAUAUGCACGGAGCGAAAUGGAUGUUGAGUCUGAUUCCAUAAAGAGAGAAGUAUCGAAGCUUCCUGCUUCUUAUGCUGAAAGCAAAGUAGAAACCUCAUACUCAACACCUACAUCAGUGUCUUCUGUAUAUAAGCCGGUUAAACCACAUGUAGAUAUAAAUGUGAAGGAACGCGAGCAAUUUUGGGACAAAAUGAAUGUUGAGGAAAAACGAAGGCAGCAAGAGCAACAAAAAAAACAUUUAGAUGACGAGAAAAAAUGGACAGAAGAGAGGAAACAACUUUCUGAUGAAAUCUCUCAUAAAUCUGAUAUUGCAAUAACUUCUGCUCCUGUGAAAAACCAGAUUAUACCUCCCUCAGUUCCGAUCACAUCUUCCCCAGUUCCUUCCAAUGUACCAUCUAAAAACUUAAUAUCAGGCAGAGUUGGAAUGUUUCAAACUAAAGAAGACGUGUCGGUACCGAUGCCUAAACCAAAUGUCACGGUUGCUUCGACUCCAAAAAUCGAACAACUUUCACUCUACGAUCAAGUUCCAUCCCAGGAACAAAUCAGCGUUGAGCCUGAAAUAACCCCAACUGCUCCAAUCCCGUCUGCCCCUUUUCCAAACCCUGUUCCAACUGUUUCUGUUGGCAACAAUAUCUCCCAGUACGAUGUUCCACCUUCAACAGGACUUUGCGCUAUUGCUCUCUGGGAUUAUCAAGCAGAAGAUGCUACAGAAAUCACCUUCGAUCCCAAUGACAUAAUUUCUGAAAUUGAGCAGAUCGAUGAAGGAUGGUGGAAAGGAAAAGCUCCUAAUGGAUCGUUUGGUCUGUUUCCAGCCAAUUAUGUAAAAAUUCUAUAG